UUUUGUCCCGUGAAAUUCCGUGUUUUGUUUUGCAAAUUGUGCAAUAAAUUGUGUGUGAAAUGUUGUGCAAUUUUCCUGGCUAAAUCUCACCCAUUCGGCAGUGCUGAGGGUGUAAAAAGAACCCCCUGGGGGCGACAAUGGCGUCGGCGGAGGAAGGAUGGGUGCAUAGUUUCUCCAUAAAUGAGAUUUCGCGACACAAGAAAGGCUACACAAUCUACAAAAUAACAUCAAUAGUAUUCCCGCGAUUUGUGCCCGAGGCACUGUCGUGUGUGACAGUGUGGAAGCGCUUCAGUGAGAUCAAGACGCUCCACAAGGAGAUACACCGUCGCCACCGAGCGCUCAAGUUGUCCGGGAAAGUGCCUAAACUCGAGGACAGAUACUUCUUCCGGCGAUUCGACGCGGAAGUCAUUGGCGAGCGGCGUCAGUACAUCAUUGAGCUGCUGGAGUUCGUCGCCAUGCAUCCGGCACUGUAUACGAGUGAGGUGUUCGUGAAGUUCCUGCGCGGCGGUCACACGCCGAACACCUCGCCAAGUCACAAGGGGAACAUCGCGGCGAUCUGCAAAGAUCUCUCCAUUCCCUUCCAGUCUGACGUCGCCCUGAUCGAUCCCACGCGGGAUUGCGAGGCGGACAGUGAUAUUGUGUCCAUUGACUGUGUCGAUUCCUUGUCGAAUGCAUCACUGGAGACACUCACCAACUGCGACUCCCUGUCCAGGCGGGGUUCGAUUGUGAGCGAGGAGGGAUCUGUGACCAGCGAGGGUAGAUAUUCACUCCAGCUCAGCAUUGCUCAAGACAUUGACUACUUCUUCGACGCCGCCGUGGACUUCAGCCGAGCAAUGCAGGCGGAAGUGAAUGGACAGUACCAAGAGAGCUUUGAGUGCUACAAAAAGGGCAUCGACACACUCCUGACGGGUGCUAAGCAGGACAAAGACACUGACAGGCAGCAAAUGGCCAAAGACAAGGCCACCAAGUAUCUGAAGAGGGCGGAAAGUGUCUGUGAGAAUCACAUUGUGAAGAAACCACAGAGUUUUUCACCGUCAGAAACUCAGCCGUAUUCCCUGGAGCGACCGCUGGGUCACUUGUCGCGCUACAAAGUGGUGAAGAUUGUGGACACGGUGAUGCAGGUGCAGGACAAGACGGACAAGAAGAUCUACAUCAUGAAGGCAAUUGAGAAGCCACAGAGCAGCUACUUAUUCCUGGGUGCUUUUCUGCCACACAAGAUUCCCUACAUGGUGUCCUUGAUGGCCUAUUUUCAGUCAGAAUCUUCCAUCUACUUGCUUCUCAAUCAGGCGCCCGGGGGAAAACUCUAUGACUACAUCAGCACUUACAAACCAGGAGAGUUUCGCCCAGAGGAAGAGCCUGAAGAUGUCAAGAGAGUACCUGAAGUGACGGAGGAAAGCAAUGAGGAGGAAUCUCAUGAGGAACACCCACAAGAGGAGAUGGAAGACUCUCCUGAAGAGGAAAUGCGCAUUCCGCCACCAUCCUUUGACAUUCUCUCGAAGGACAUGGAUGUUCUGGAUUUGGUGCACUGUGCAAAAUCUCUCCUCAAGUCCGUUUCCAGCACUCUGAAGCAAUCCAAAGGCAUAGGAAGUGCCAUUGAAGCCAUUGAGGAACUUGUUCUUCCAUCUGGUCUCCAAGACAUUCCUGAAGAGGUGGAAAAUCCACCAGAAGAACCCAGCGCUGAGCCUCUAGAGGUGCUUCCCGAGGAUGUUUCAGUGGAGGAAGAAGGCGAGACACCAAAGAAAUAUCCCAUUCCUGAAGGAUGUGUUCGUCAGUGGGCCAGAGAGUUGGUUGUGGCAAUUGACUCUCUCCACAGGCACAAUGUUAUCUGCUGUGAUCUUCAUCCGGACAAUGUGCUGCUCGGCUCAGCCGGACAGCUUCUACUCACCUACUUCUACUGUCGCCCUGAUGCCACGGAGAAGUUCCUCAAGGAGGAGUCUGUGGCCGGAGGAUAUGUGGCGCCCGAGAGACCACUCACAGAGGUGUCAGACUGGUGGACAGUGGGAGUGAUUCUCUUUGAGAUCCUCACCAGGCACGCCUUCAUAGCUCUUCAUCCAGGGGAGAUUCUCACUUACUAUGAGGUUCAGUAUCCAGAAGUGGAGAUCUCCGAUGAGGCCAGGGCUCUUCUGGAUGGGCUGCUCCAGGUGAAUCCCAGUGAGAGAUUUGGCAUUGACGAGAUCCAGACGCACGCCUUCUUCCGCGACACAGACUGGGAGAGUGUCAGAUCGCUGGGCAGCCACUCGUAGCGUCCACAACACUUACUUCUGAGUAAUUUGUUCUCGUAUUUUAUUCUUUAACAACACCGUGAUUAUUUUAGCGAAUAAACUUGUCAAAUUAUUUUCCUCGUGAAGGAAGUCAAUA